AUGUCUGCUUCCGCGUCAAGGAAGCGCAAGACCCCCGAGCCAGAGCGUGAUGCUUUCAACCAAGAUCAAGUCACAACGCCUUCCAAUAGCCCAGCUCGCAAGAAAUUGAAGAUUACCCAGCACCAGAAACAGACUUUGAUUGACAACCUACAGUUAGAAAUCACAGAACGAGCUCGCCGAUUACGCGCUCAAUAUGCUAUGCAAGCUCAAGACCUUCGAUCACGCCUUGAAAGACGAGUAAAUCGCAUCCCCGUCGGGCUACGAAAAACUCUCAUGGGCGCACUCCUCGAGAAAUACGGCUAUGCCCCUCUACAAUCGCCGAAGAAAUCAGCUGUUCCUACCAGAGCAAUCAAAAGUCCGAUCGCGACCAAAAAACAAAAAGGGGUAGAGUAUCCAUCACUCAGUGCAACAAGCUCUCCGUCUCGUCGCCCAAAACAAACAAGCAACGUUGGUGGCUACUCGGAUAAGGAGAAUGCACCUGUCCCUGAGGCGCAUGUUCCGCUCGAUAAUCCAAAGAAGCGCGGUAACCCAGCUGCCUCUGGCCAGCCACGAUCUGUGUCUCAAGUGUUGCGAGAUGCAGAAACAAAAGUUCUCUCUCCCAAAUCAUCAAACUCGCGCACAUACAAGCAAUCGCCACUCAUCACUUCUCCCACAAAAACAUCGUAUAUGUCACGACCGACCUCGCCAUUGAAACCUGCCAGUCCUCUCAAAGCAAUGAUUGAAGACGCUCGCGCGCGUGCGACACGGCCCGAAUCAAAGGCGGCUUCUCCCGCGCCAAGUGUCCGAAGAACCAAAACGACAGCCCAGACAAAAAGGACAGCUGUAAAGCCAGUGGCCUCAGCCAUACCUAAGUCGCCAGGCAACACUUCGCGACAACACAAUCGGAAUAUCAGUACCAGCACUACAUCCUCCAGCAUGUCUGCCAGCACAACGAUUGUCAAACCUACCCGAGGUACUCAGCGAGCUAUGACAACCACGUCAAGUGCAGCCGCGAAACGGGCGACCUUGAAUCGUAGUCAGGGUCCUACUGCUGCUGCUACCGCAAAGCGAACAGCUGUGGCAACCAAGAAAGCCGGUGCAGAUGCCAGUACUGGCAGAGUCCUCCGCAAGCGCGCACAAGUAUGA